AUGCAGCUCACUCUACUCCUCUCGCUUUUGCCAGCUAUGGCUCUGGCUCUUCCGGCUCCUGUCCUUCAGCCUCGCGCCGGUACUCCCAUUCCCGGAAAGUAUAUCGUCAAGUUGAAGAACCAGAACCUCCAGGUUCUCAUCGAGGAUGCCCUGAAGCUUCUGAAGAAGGACCCUGCCCACGUCUAUCAGUUCGGAAACUUCGGUGGCUUCGCCGCUGAGAUGAGCGACGACAUUGUCAAGCUCCUUCAGAACUUCCCUGGUGUCGACUACAUCGAGCAGGAUGCUGUUGUCAAGGCCAACCUUGGCGAAAUUGAGAACAUCGAGAAGAGGGCAUACGUUACCCAGUCCUCUGCCACCUGGGGUCUUGGUCGUAUCUCCCACCAGAACACUGGUAGCACCUCUUAUACCUACGACAGCACUGCUGGAGCCAACACCUGUGUGUACAUCAUUGACACCGGUAUCUCCACCACUCACGCCGAGUUCGAGGGCCGUGCUACCUUCCUCGCCAACUACGCUGGAGAUGGCUCCAACACCGAUGGCAACGGCCACGGCACUCACUGCGCUGGAACCGUUGGAUCCAAGACCUACGGUGUGGCUAAGAAGGCCAAGCUCUUCGCCGUCAAGGUCCUUGACGCCUCUGGCUCUGGUACCAACUCUGGUGUUAUUGCCGGUAUUAACUACGUCGCCAACGACUCCAAGAGCCGUGCUGGCUGCACCGCCGGUGUCGUCGGCAGCAUGUCCCUCGGUGGAUCCAAGUCCACUGCCGUCAACACCGCUGUUGCCAACGCUGUCACCGCUGGUGUCUUCAUGGCCGUUGCCGCCGGAAACGAGGCUCAGGAUGCCGCCAAUGUCUCGCCUGCUUCUGAGGCUACUGCUUUCACUGUUGGUGCUUCCGACAGCUCUGACAAGUUCGCCUCUUUCUCCAAUUACGGCUCUGUUGUCGACAUCAUCGCUCCUGGUGUUUCCAUCCUCUCCACCUGGUUGAAUGGUGGCACCAACACCAUCUCCGGUACCUCCAUGGCCACUCCCCACGUUGCCGGUCUCGCUGCCUACAUUCUUGGCUUCGAGGGCAAGAAGACUCCUGCUGCUCUUGCUACCCGCCUCCAGACUCUUGCCCUCAAGAACAAGAUCUCUGGCCUUCCUACCACUGCCACCAAGAACUACCUUGCCUUCAACGGCAACCCUAGCGGUUAA